CUCUCUAUAGAAAACCACAAAGCAGCUCCCUAACCACCUCAAGCGCUGCCAUUCCUCUCUCCACCACCACCACCACCACCACCCAUCUUCUUGCUGGGUAGUUUCUAGUUAUGGCGUCUCGCGUGCUAUCCACUUGCUUAAUCACCCCCCCUACAAGAUUUACCCAUGCUUCUCCUGUGAAACUCUCAAACAAAGCAUCAUGGUUGAGGUCUAAAAAUGGAGGGGUCAGGUGUGAGGCUGUUGGGGACAGCUCUCAGCCGGUUUAUAAUGGUGUUUAUGGUCCCUGGACAGUUGAAUCAUCGGACGUUCGAGAGGUGAUUUUAUACAGAUCUGGAUUAGUUACUGCUGCUUCGUCAUUCGUGUUUGCUGCAUCAUAUGCUUUUUUACCCAGCGACUCUCUGUUGAGUGAAAUAAUCAAACAAAAUCUUGAUUUAUUAUACACUCUUGGAGCCGGGGGUCUUGGCGUAUCUUUGUUUCUUAUUCAUAUCUAUGUAACUGAAAUUAAGCGCACCCUUCAAGCUUUUUGGGCACUGGGUGUUAUUGGAUCUUUAGCCACAUGCACGAACCUUGCUCAACCAGCUGGUGAAAACUUGAUACAAUAUGUUGUUAAUAACCCAACAGCUGUCUGGUUUGUUGGCCCGCUUUUUGCAGCACUUACAGGACUUGUCUUUAAAGAAGGCCUCUGCUAUGGAAAGCUGGAAGCUGGUAUUCUUACAUUCAUUAUACCCACAGUUCUUCUUGGACACCUGACUGGUUUAAUGGAUGAUGGAGUAAAACUUACACUUUUAGCUUCAUGGAUGGCCCUCUUUGUGAUAUUUGCCGGAAGGAAAUUCACUCAGCCCAUUAAGGAUGACAUUGGGGAUAAAUCUGUAUUCAUGUUCAAGUCUCUUCCAGAUGAUGAAAAGAAAGCCUUUAUCGAGAACCUUGAGCAACAAAAAUUAAGUCAGGAAAUAUAAUUUAUAAAUUUUCGAUUGUGAGCCAAACAUGAAACCGUGGUUUAAAUAGAGGAAGGUUCAUGUACAAUUUUGAUCUUCCAUCCCCUGUAAUAUGCUGUGAUUAGAUCAGAGUUAGUGUUCUGUAUAGCAUGCUAGCUGGUUGUCUUUUUUUUUUUUUAAUGUAUUUCUCUCAUUUGUAAAUGCCUUGAUAGUUGUCACAGAAAUUUUGACCCUGGAGACCAAUAAUCUUGUUCUUUGCAAGACUAUCUAAAAUGGUUUUGAAUCUA